CGGCGAUUUGAGUAAAAUUUUAUGAACAAAUUUUCAGACAUUUCAGUGCUUUUAUGAAUUCACUACGGACAAGUUGUUGGCGCGUUUCAAAACGGUUUACCGCUAACCAAUUUAUAAAAACAACAAAAUAAAAAUAUUUUAACAGCAAAAUGACAAUGAACAACUGAGCGACACUUAAAUGUCAUUGAACGCAUUCUCACAGAAUUUUAUUUAGUUUUUGCUGCUUUUCACUUAGUGUGAAAAAUAUGAGAAAUUGAAAAUUAAAAUAACAAAAACAAAAUAUAAAAGUGUUGUUUACAAGAGUAAAGCGCUAGCAGUUAGUGAUUGCUACAAAGUUUAUGCAAAUAAAUACGAGUAUGUAUGUGGGAAAUGAGUAAAAAAUAGAAUAACCAAUAAGCCAGUGUAUGGAACAAAAUAUUUUUAGUACAAAUAUUAUUUUAAAAAAGUACUAAAAAGUACUAAGGCAUAGUUUUUAUGCCAAAAAAAGUGUAGUGAAUUUUCAUAAAAAUACUUUUUAUACAAAAAAAUUCUAAAAUAAGUGUAAGAACGGUUUAAAAAGAACGCUUUAAAAAUGGAGGGCGAAUCAACGGAAUCUACACACAAUACGAAGGUGUCGGACUCCGCUUAUUCCAACAGCUGCAGCAACUCGCAGUCGCAACGCAGCGGCAGUUCGAAAUCACGUCUAAGCGGUAGUCACUCAUCCGGCAGCAGCGGCUAUGGCGGCAAACCAUCAACGCAGGCGAGCAGCAGCGACAUGCAUAUAAAACGCGUCAAAGAUAAGACACGCAAGAAGAAGAAGUUGAAGUGUUCGGCACAAACGAAUAUUCUGGAAAAUCAGGACGAUGUCCCGAACACCAGUGAGCCACAAAAUGAAGAGCAAAUCGCUUUGGGCUGUGACAAGGCAAUCGCGCAAUGCAGUCGCCAGAAGGAGAAUAAAGAGACGUCAUUGCUGCUGGAAAAGGAGACAACUGAACAAACUAAAUCGGAGAUUUCAUUGCAAUUUCCCACACCAUCACCAUUAUCUACCACCACACAGCAAGGUGGAAAAUCAGAGAGAACCUGCGAAUCGGCACCAGGGAAAUUGGAAAGCUCUGGCAAGGCGGAAAAACUUAAGGAGGAGAGCUUCUGCUGUGUAAUAUCGAUGCAUGAUGGCAUAGUGCUCUUCACAACGCCCAGCAUUACCGAUGUGCUUGGUUUUCCACGCGAUAUGUGGCUGGGGCGUUCGUUCAUAGAUUUUGUACACCCCAAGGAUCGCGCCACUUUUGCCAGUCAAAUAACGACCGGCAUACCAAUUGCAGAGUCGCGCAACAGCGCACCGAAAGAUGCACGCAGCACCUUCUGUGUGAUGUUGCGUCGUUAUCGUGGCUUAAAGUCUGGUGGUUAUGGCGUUAUUGGACGUCCGGUGAGUUAUGAACCCUUUCGUUUGGGACUGACAUUCCGUGAAGCACCCGAAGAGGCGCGUCCCGACAACAAUCUCGUAUCGAACGGUACGAAUAUGUUGCUAGUCAUAUGCGCCACGCCCAUCAAGAGCUCAUAUAUAGUGCCAGAUGAGAUACUCUCGCACAAAAGCCCUAAAUUCUCCAUACGUCACACAGCGACGGGUUUAAUCUCGCAUGUGGAUAGCGCCGCCGUCUCCACGUUGGGCUACUUACCACAAGAUCUUAUUGGACGUUCAAUAUUUGACUUUUAUCAUCCAGAAGAUCUAAUGGUAUUGAAGGAGAUCUACGAAACAGUUAUGAAGAAAGGACAAACAGCGGGCGCUUCAUUUUGCAGCAAACCGUAUCGUUUUUUGAUACAGAACGGCUGCUAUAUUCUCUUGGAAACAGAGUGGACAAGCUUUGUGAAUCCAUGGUCACGUAAACUGGAAUUCGUUAUAGGACAUCAUAGAGUGUUUCAAGGUCCGAAACAUUGUAAUGUUUUCGAGUCGGCACCUGCUAAUAAGCCAAAGCUUUCCGACGAAGUACGUAGUCGGAAUAUGCGCAUAAAAGACGAGAUACUUAAACUGUUGGAGGAGUCAAUAUCGAGACCGUCGGACACUGUAAAGCAAGAGGUGUCGCGACGUUGCCAAGCGUUAGCUUCAUUCAUGGAAACUCUAAUGGAUGAGGCGACGCGCACCGAUCUUAAGCUCGAGCUACCACAUGAAAAUGAGCUGACAGUCUCCGAACGAGAUUCGGUGAUGUUAGGCGAAAUUUCGCCACACCAUGAUUACUACGAUAGCAAAAGUUCGACGGAAACGCCUCCCAGCUAUAACCAACUGAAUUAUAAUGAGAAUUUGCAGCGUUUUUUUAACAGCAAGCCUGUUACCGCGCCCGUCGAGGUCGACCCAAUGAAGAACGAACAGUCUUACAGUAUUUCGGCUGAUGCACGGAAUACGCUCAGUCCGGUGCAGUGUUUCGAGGGCAGCGGUGGGAGUGGGUCCUCGGGAAAUUUUACAUCUGGCAGCCACAUACACAUGAGCAGCAUUACUAACACCAGCAAUGCCGGUACCGGCACGUCAUCGGGCAGUGCACAGCUAGUCACGUUAACCGAAUCGCUAUUAAAUAAACAUAACGACGAAAUGGAGAAAUUCAUGUUGAAGAAACAUCGUGAGGCACGCGGACGUUGCGGCGAGAAGAGUAAGAAGGCAACCGAAAAGGUGAUGGAGUAUAGUGGGCCGGGGCAUGGUCUUAAGCGUGGCGGUUCGCAUUCAUGGGAAGGAGAUGCCAACAAACCGAAGCAUUCGCAUACCAAUGUUAUGGAUGCACAACGCGAUUACGUGGAUCACCACAAUAUGGCGACCAACUCGACUAGCAAGGCGUACGGCACGCUACAAACGACACUGGGCGAAACAUCGUUUGCCGGUUCGUAUGCUGCAGCCAGUCUUUCCUGCACGCGCAACGUCAAUCUUUGGCCACCGUUCUCGGUUGGUAUCAACACCUCGCAUACCUCGCAGACGGUGGCGCAAAGCGGGUUCACGCCGCAACACAGCAUCUUCCCGACAUUCUAUUAUAUACCGGCGACCGCAGCAGCUGCUGCCGUUGCCGCAACACAGGCGCAAGUCAAGCCCAACUUGGCCGACAUGCCGAGCACGUCGGCACAAGCUCUGCCGCUGCAAUAUAUGACUGGCGUUAUGUAUCCACACCCCUCGCUCUUCUAUACGCAUCCGGCGACAGCAAUGAUGUACCAACCCAUGUCUUUCUCAAAUAUGGCCAACUCUUUGGCGUUGUCCGAACAGGGCAGCAGCGCAAGCGCCUUCAAAACGAAUCAACCAUGUAUGCUGGCGCCGACGCCAACAAAGACUCAGGGUGCCUUCCACUCGAUCACACCUGCGCAGUUGCAACGUCCGUCAUCGCAAGCGACUUCGGUGAAAGCCGAACCCGGCUCAAAUAUGGCGCCUUCGGAUUCAUCGAAAAAGGGUAUUGCUGACUCUCCAAUUCCAUCGGUUAUCGGCGAUUAUGUGUCGGAUCAACUCAAUCCAAAUGAUCUGAAGCUGCCCAACACCGAUAGCAAUGCCAACAGCGAUGACAUGGAUGGUUCCAGCUUCUCAUCUUUUUAUUCCUCUUUCAUAAAAACCACCGACGGAUCAGACAGUCCACAAGAAAACGAUAAGGAUGGAAAACAUCGAAAAUAUAAGGUACAAACCGACUCUAAGUCAAUGGACAAUGCAGAAGAAGACCAAACAUUACAUGGUGAUGGUUAAGUACAAGUACACGUGAGUUGCUCAUCAACGUGAUGGCAAGUUUUGUGGCAACGUGACGAUCAGUAAGCGGCAAUUUUAUUUACAAACUAUUCCCACACAAGUCCACUUUGGCACAACUUACGAUACGAAGAAGUGUGAGUCAAGCGUACAAAAUCACAUUGGAAUAUUUUUAAGGCAGAAUUCAACUUAUUCUGAAUUUCAGAUUAGCGCAAUGUAUUGUCGCUGGCAUACAAUUAAAUGCUGAAAAUCAUAAUUUGCGAUUCGCUACGUAACAAUUGUGACGACGCUAUGGUUAUGAACCCCCAUUUUUUUAACGGACGUAGUCUUCAUUAUAGAAAUUGUUUAUGUACAUAAG